AGCUCUAUCAUCAAUAAUUGUAAUGUGCUGGAAUUGCCCCUACUCUACGUUUACAAACUCCGAAUGGCAACAAGUUCUUGAUUCGAAUCCAUAUAAGAUUACGCAACCUGUUUUAACGGAUUCACUCUUAACCGCUUUAUAUAAAGCAACAAAUGAUAUUUCACUAGGUCUAAGCUGUAACUUCACACUAAAUUGCGAUGAUGGAUUGGAUGAAAAGACUAUCGAUGUACUCAAUAACAUUAAAGACGAGAUUUUACUAUCAAAACGAGAGGAUAAGCACUGUAUCCAUUACUUAGCUCCGUUUAUAAAACUUCUUGGUGGAGAAUGCACAUCUCUUGAUUUGGAAUUAGAUGUAGGCGAAGACGGAAAUAAGGAGGCGGAUUUUAGCUGUGUAGUUGAUGGCAUUCCGAUAUUAAAUUCCGAGAUUAAGCCCUUAGAUUAUACUCAGCUGAUGGAGGAUCAAGAUUUCGUAAGAGUGCACCUCAAAGGGAAAAAAUCAAUCAACAGUUUGCUGGAAAAGGGAGGACCAAAUAAAUCAAUAGCUCUCUUAAACAUGG